GUGGUGAGUGUGCCUGGCCUGGCGUGUCUGUGUCCCGCUGCGGUGCUCGGUAACAGUCUGCCGUGCGGUAAUUACUGGCGCCCGUUAUCUCAGGCUGCCGGCGGGGGGUAGUUACCUACGUGUUCUUGUGUUGGGCAGCAAGGCAAAGCAUCAUCAUCAUCAUCAGCAGCAGCAGCCAUGGGUGAGAAGAGGGUGGUGCCACAGCCUCUCAAGAAGCUGCUGGACUGGGAUGCGGUCAUGACGGACAAGUUUGUCAAAUUUGUCGACAAAAAACACGGGCCACUGAGCAAAUACAAGGGAACGCUGAAGGGGCUGGAGUACUCUUGUCAUGGCAUCCCGUGGCUCAUCGGAACGGCCACUUUCAUCUUCCUCCUGCAAGACUCCUCCAUUCGGCAACUCCUCGUCAAUAUCUUCAUAGCUCUCAUCCUGGACAUUGUGGUGGUGGCGGUGGUGAAGGCCAUUACCAGGAGGAGGCGACCACUGGCAAACAAGGACGAGGAGAUGUUCGCCGCGAUGAUGGUGGACAAAUACUCCUUCCCUUCUGGACACAGCACUCGGGCCGUCAUGUUGAGCUUCCUGUUACCCAUGCAGUACGACCUCUUCCUACCCUUCUCCAUGGCGCUAGUGGCAUGGGGCGGUGCUGUCUGCAUCUCCCGUGUCCUCCUGCACCGCCACCAUAUCCUGGAUGUCGCCGGAGGGGUGGCUAUAGGGUUCAUACAGGCUGUGGUUGUGUCUGCUCUCUGGCUCUCGGAAGAAUCUGCAGCGGGUGUGGUUAACUUCUUCCUGGAUGAGACGCAGGUUGGGGCGAGCUAUGAUGUGUGAGGGAGGAUGGGAAGAAGUCAUCGAGGUAUAAGCCUGUAUUUUUAAACAUAUCGGCACCUCCGUUCGCAUGUUUUGAAAGCCUCUCGUGGAAGUUGCUGGGCUCUUCAUGGGCUGUCUUCUCCUAUCAUUCCUUCCCCUUCUGUCUCUCUCUGGCAUAUGACCACAUGUUGCGCUGACUAAACAAAACUUUCCAAACUUUUCAUGGGGUGUUUUUUUGUGAUCCCAGCGAUAGUUUUACACGGCUUAGGUAUUUUGAACGGGAAAGUUGCCCAUGAAAUCUCGGUUAGUCUUCUCUGUGGCCUUGGGAAAAAGUUGUAAUGGGAGACCGAUAUGUUUAAUGAUAUGCGCCUUAGAGUAUAGAAUAUAUAGAGAGGUAUAAAGUAUGGGUAUAGAGAUGAAUCGAUAGUUAGAGAAAUAAGAACAUAAGAGCAUAAGGAGUCUGCAAAAAUAGGAGAACUAGGAAAAGAAUAGAUAGUUUUAGGUAGAAAGAAAGAAUGGGAUAGUUAGAUAAAGGGACACAUAUAGAGAGAAAUAGAAAUAGGAAGGAGAGGAAGAAGAAUAAGAGGAGUAGGCAGCUUUUAGGUAGGUAGGAAUAAGGAAAUAGGAAAACGGUUUGAUAGGUAUAAGAAAAGGAGGAAGAGGGAUAGGAGAGGAGGAGGUAGAAAAAAGAGAAUAAGUAGAGAGGAGAAGAGGUUGAGAUGAGUGAAUUUGUAGGUAGGAAAUGGUGUGUUGAUAGGUAGAUAUGGGAGGAGAGAGGAAGAGCGAAAGAGAGUAUUAGAAGUGUUCACAUUUGAUUUCAGGGACUUAACGUGUGUGUGUGUGUGUGUGUGUGUAUGUGACUAAUGCUGACGUGUGUGUAUUUGCAUUGCUUCUUCAUUAACAUGUAUUUAUACGUUUAAAACACCAUAUAUAUAAGCGUUUCACGAGUAAGGUAAACUGUGUAUUUACCUUGUUGUAUUUUACGUAGUUGUGACAUACAGGAAAAGAGAUACGCUCGCGCUGUCCCGUCUCCAUAUCUCCCUCCACUUUCUUCCUUCUCCUUCUCUCCAUAUCACAAGUGCUUUCCUCUUCUCUCCAAUUUUUCCUCCUCUCUCCCUCCCUUUCCUCCACUUUCUUCCCUCUCCUUCUCUCCAUAUCACUAGUGCUUUCCUCUUCUCUCCAAUUUUUCCUCCUCUCUCCCUCCCUUUCCUCCACUUUCUUCCCUCUCCUUCUCUGGUGAAUGGUGUUGACGUGGUGGUGAUGAAUGGUGUUGAUUUGGUGGUGAAUGGUGUUGAGUGGUGGUGUAUUUCAGGGUGUUGUUGUUCUUGUUCUUGUUGUUCUUGUUGCAGCAUUUACGAGCGAAAGGUGGUGUGUGUGUGUGUGUGUGUGUGUGUUUUGAUGCCUCGUAGAGCGUUUUUUUUUCUAUUCUGUAUUUUUUUUUAUAAUGCAUAAGAACACGGACAGCGACAGAGUUCCCCAAUAUGAAAGAUCAAUUGACGUCUCGGUAAUGUCUUCAUAGUACUCUCUAUUAUUACUUCAUUUAUUUAUUUUUAUAUGGCAGUGGAGACAGAUUAAGGGCUAAGAAUAAGGUGUAGCUGAAAAUGUCCAUAACACAUUACAUUACACUUGCAAAACACUCAUUUCUCGGUGUCUCAGGUGCUUGUGGGAUGCUGAACAGGCUGAGUAUAGUGUCUGCUCUCCUCCCUCUUCACCUGGUUUGUCUUGUAAUAUUAACAAGGGCCUGGGAACAACACACUGCCUUCCAACACUCCCUUCUUCUACACACUCCGUUUUUUGAGAUACAGAUAGGGAAAAGGAAGGAAGGAGAUGGAACAGGAAGGAGAGAGAGGAAGAAAAAAGGGGAAAAAGAAAGGAGAAGAUGGAGGAGGAAGAAAGAAAAGAGGAAGAUGGAAGAAGAGAAGGAAGGUCCUGAUAUUGAUUUCUUAUACUUAGUCAAGAUGUAUUUGAUAAUGUGGUUUGAGUGCUUACAAUAAGACUUAAAAACUGAGAAAUUGAACCCAAAUGAAAAGAAGGAAGCAGUUUAUGUAGGAAAGUGAUAGACUGGUCCAUCUAUUAAUUCCUUGUACUUAAUGAAGAUAAAGUUAAUAGGAGUUUAGUUUGAGUGCUUUUAAGGAGACUGAUAACUUAGGAACUUACCCAAAAUUGCAGGAAAGAAGUACGUUCAGUCUCAUAGAGGAAGGGAACAGACUGUGGCAAGGAUAACUGUCCAGUCUUUAAUUCCUUGAAGUUGUAUAUGCUAAAGUUUGGUUUGAAUGCGUAUAAUGAGACUGAUAAGAACUGAGAAACUGGACCAAGAUUAAAAGAAGGAAGCAGUUUUAUGUAGGAAAGUGAUACUCGUAGGGGUAACUUCAGAUUAUAUUUCCUUGUACUUAAUGAAGAUUCUCACCCUGCAGCUAUAAUAUGUGGCCUUAGAUUAAUGAAGGUGCAGUAGUAGUGAGUUAACGGGAUACUACAGGAGUCUUCCCUCAGUUUCCCUCCUUUUUAGCAGAUCAGGGAGUUCGUUUUGGGGCAAGAUCUAGAGUUUUAGAAUCGGGUUGUAUCCUUUUUAAUAGAUGGUGUGUUAGGUUUUAGGGAAUAUUUUUCAAACACAUGACUCACCUAUAGAAGUGUGGGCUGUGAAGAAAAUAUAGGACUUUCGUAUCAGUUCGUACCUUUGAAACAGAUGGUUCGUAAUUGGGGGUUACUAAGUUAAUUGUGGAUUUUGAUUUUAUUACAUGCCAUAUCUUGUUAUUAAACCCUUAGAUGUGUGAGCUGUGAAGAAAACGUACGGUAGGACUUUCAUAUCAGUUCGUACCUUUGAAAUGAUGGUUCGUAAUUGGGGGUUACUGUGUUAAUUGUGGAUUUUGAUUUUAUUACAUGCCAUAUCUUGUUAUUAAACCCUUAGAAGGUGGCAGUUUUUGAAGGGUAGCUCCCCCAAAAUGAAUCGUCUACAUACGAGCCUGCAUAACGAUUGGCCGGUGUCAUUAUUGGCCUUUUACCUAUAAUAGCAGCUAAGGAAAGGCCAACCAGGUGUGAAAACAGGUGAAUGACGUCAAUAUCUUCCUAAAACAACUACUAUCAACCCCUCAAACAGCUGUGAAGAAGGAAAAAGAAUAGGAAAAUGAUAUCCAACUCCUCAUAAAGUCACUGCAGCAGAAAUAUAGUUAUGCCGCAUAAUCGAUGUUUUAACUAUCUUCUACAUAUAUAGUCUACUGGCCAUCUGGAAGUGUUGUCAUAUUUCUGCCAUACAAAACUGACUGACUGAAUUUUGUACCAUCUCAACGUUGCCAGAUUGUCGUACUCAGGUGCUUAUAUUUCCCAACUUCCGACCCCAAAACUGUCUUCUGGGUUCCAAUAACAAAACUCAUUUAUAGUUAUUGUUAAAAGAGUUAGAUCCUGAUGUUUUGUGGCAAUAGUUAGGCGUCAGAAACCGGUAAAUACUCACAACCGAGAGAGCCCGGGUUCGAUUCCCAGGCGGAGUGGAAAAAUUUGGGCGGCUUUUCCGAUACUCUAUGCCCCUGUCCACCCAGCAGUGAACAGGUACCAGGUAUUAAUCGGGGGUUGUGUCCCGUCUCCUGGUAUCUGUUCCCUUCUCCUACAAUUCCUUCCCCUUGUGUCUCUCUCCGGCAUAUGACCACAGAUGCUGCGCCGACUAAAUGAAACUUUUUUUUCUGGUAAAUACUAUGCUCUGAGUACGAUUAUCUGGCAACAGUAGACCAUCUUUAUUCAGUUUCACCGCCGUCUAAGGGUUAAUGAUAUGUACCUUCAGAUAUAACUAUGAUUUGUGGAUGUAGCAACUUGGUGUUCUUCCCAGAUAGUUUUAUUAAGUAGAGGGCGAUCCAUACCUCUAAACGGCUUCAUCACACAGUUCCUAAGUCACCAAGUAUAGAACCCUGAUUUUUAACUUUGAUUUGAUGGAUGAUUUCAACGCUUACUUGCUUUUUAUAUUUCAGGUUAUCUAUGAAUUUUUGUGUGUGUUCUCUUUACCUUUGUUAUUGCACUUGUUAACACCACUGGAUUAUAAAGAACUUAAGCUAAUAUGUAACUUGUAAUUUAUAUAUCUACCUAUUUUCAUUGAUUAUCUAGUUAUUUAUAUUAUAUUAACAUGUAAUUUGAUAUUUUUUCUUGUUUAGUUACAGGUAUUACUGAUAACUGGGUAUUGAAGGAUAUGGUUAGAAUACUUUGGAGUUAAGGAGUUUAGGAUCACCAGGAAAUCUUGUACUAAAUUCCUUUCUAGAUCAUGUAAUGUAUUUUGGAAGGGCUCCUCGCCAUUGACCCUUCUGGAUUAUGGCUCUGUCUGUAGAUGCCAUUGUAUAUCUGUGCAGGGAAAGACUUGUGAUAUCUUAGUUCUUUUAACCCGGUAGCUGUGGGGAUCAUGUUUCUUAAAGGCCCCUCUAAGCGAGAAAAAUGAGAAAAAAUCAUCACUCACACAAAGCAUUUCAUAAUACAUAUCAACGCUUUUGUGAUCAGUUUAUGCAUCAUCUAUUUUGGGGGUUUAUAUCGUGGCAAAAAUUUGGCCUGUUGCUGGUACACGGUAAAGCCACAAGUUUGUCCCGUUGCUGCUACCAGGUUAAUGUUUCUAAAUACAUACAGCCCUUUCCUUCUGUCCUUUCUUCUCCUCUUUCUUUUUCUUCCUUUUUUCUACUCUCUUCCUCUUUCUUCUUUUUUUUUUCCUUUUCCUUCCUCCCUCCUCUUUCUUCCUCUACUUACUUCUUCCUUCUCCCCUUCUUUCUCUUUUCCCAUCUUCUUUCUUCUCCCUUUUCUCCUUUUCCGCUCCUCCUUUUUCUUCCUUUCUGUCCUUCCUGUUCCUUCCUUCCCUCCUUUUUCUCCCUUUCUGUCCUUCCUGUUCCUUCCUUCCCUCCUUUUUCUCCUCCUUUCAUCUUCAUACCUCUCCUCCUUUUCCUUCCUUCCUUCUACUCUUUCUAUCUCCCCUCUUCCUUCCUUCCUUCCUCACCCUCCCAUUACCUGUCCCUGGUGUCUCCAUGUUAUAUUGAUGUGCUGGGAAGGAAAGAUGACGGAUUGACAAAAUGAUUAUCGCGAAAUUCAACCUUUAUUCCUGGUUUCUGUUAUACACAUGUCCAGGGAAAAACAAGUGAUUGAGUGAUUCUGCUAUUGUUUCUAAAUGCUACCAAUGUUCCUAUUUUUUGUUUUUCACAUGUGCAGGGAAGUUCAGGUGAUUAAGUGAUUUUAUUCUUUCUAAAUGCAACCAAUCCUCCUGUUUUCUGUUCUUCAUAUGUGCAGUAAAAAGCAGGUGAUAUGAUUUUUAACAAGGAAUGGCCUGUGAUGUGCUUGGCAGCCAAUCCCUCCAACAAAAUCGUGCAGUUCUUUGAUUGUGUUAAAGUAUGUCUAUAAAAAGAAAACUACCAACAGUCAUUAGGGCCACAGACAUAUGGAUUGUAUUUGAUUUGCAGUCUGUGAUGGUUUUAAAAAUAAUAAAUAUGGGUUUUAGUA